AUGUUCCGCCUAGCACGACUCGCGCCAGAUGUGCGGCAGCUCCAAAAGGAUAGUGGACGGAGCGGUCCGCCCCGUGGCGGCGCGACUGACCGCGCGCCAAGAGAAUGGCAGCCUCGCGGCGGAUCGUUUGCGCGCGGUGGAGCUGCAGGCGCAGUGGCUGGCGCUGCGACUCCCUUCCGCGGCCGCGACUCUCGUGGCUCUCGUGACUCUCGCGGCUCCCACCGCCGCUCCGACCGCGACGAUCGUACUGGGUACGACCGUUAUGGUUCCGAGGGAAGCAAGCGCGAGUGGAAGGUGCGGGGUAUGACUCCCCCCACCUCGACGAACCCAUACACCCUCUCGCAGCGGGUCAAGAAACACCUCGACCGCUACCCCGACAGGAUGACGCGGCCGCAAGUUGACGAGCUGCUCGCCAUCGUGCGCGACGUACCCCCAGACAUGGCGACUGCGCCAGUAUGGAAUUUGGUGCUCGCCCGCAUGGGGCGGGACGGGUAUUACUCGGCCAUGUGGAAGAGUUUCAAUGAGAUGAAGAAGCGGGGCACGAACGCGACCUCGCGUACGUUCACUGUCCUGCUUAAUGCGUUUGCCGGUGUUGCGCAUUCUGGGGUUGUCAAUGACUCAUUUGCGCCAGCAUCCAAGCCGGAGCGGUUGACACUCGAGCGUGUGCGUCGGGUAUACGAUCUUUCGCAGGCGCAUAUCCGGGCCAUGCUCAAGGCCCAAACAAAGAACGAGGGGAGUAGGGAUAACCUCGGCGUAGCGUAUCCCGAAGACCACGAUGAGAUGCCUACCUUGCUCCCGUCCGAGGAGGUGAGCGUAUGGCCCACUAAUGCGUACCUCAAGUUCUUGGGUCGGUACGGUAUGUGGAAGGAGAUGGAGGCUGUGUUUAUGGCUAUGGAUCGGGAAGGGCCCCUCGCACCAGAUGGAGCGACGUACUAUACCAUGCUCAACACGGCGAAUAACGUCGACCACUACCACCGCUCAAUGAAGGACGACAGCCUCCCGGCUAUCGAGGUAGGCAGUGUCGGGCGCGCAUAUUGGGACCAAGCGGUGCGGUCUGGCGUGGAGAUCGACGACCGUAUGGCCCUCGCUGCGCUGUCCUGUCUCGCAGCAGGAAGUCCUGCCGACCAGCGCGUGGCCGAGGAACUCAUCCCGCGCCUCUGGGACCUGUCUGCGCCCGGCCAGCCGGCUUCAGCGACGGGUGCAAAGGGCAAAUACUCCCUACCUCGAGCGUGGGACAACCUUCCCACUUUCUCUCUCGACGUGCGCACAGCUACAACUCUCCUCUCAACCAUGCGCCGGAUGGGCAACAAGUCCCUCGUCGCGCACUAUACUCGCCUGAUUGCCGAUGGUCCACUCGCGCGCAACGCAGACCUCGCCCUACUUAGGGUCUUCAUCCACAACCUGGCCUUUGCCGGUGACGCCGACGGCGCAUCGACCGUCCUCGAGACAUUCCAGCCUCCUUCCGGAAGCGACGGAUGGCCCAUCGACGUCUAUCUCUCAGUCAUGGGGGCGGCCCGCUGGGCCGCCGACUGGGACAUUGCCCUCUCGACUUUCCGGCGCAUGGUCGCUCUCCCACCUACCGCCGAGGGCGGGAUCGGCAAGUACAUCUGGAAAUCACCCAAUGGCCGCCCGCAAGACGUGCGUGGUCGCCCAUGGGUCCCGCCACGCCCUCACCCAGUGAACCCCACUGCGAUGGGUUUGUUGUUCAAGACCGCACUGGCCGCUGCCAAGUCGGGUAUCAAGCCCCUUCGCGCCGCGACUGAUAUUUACGAGUUUUACGGCCCAGACACGUUCUUCGAGGUGCGCACGAGCGCAGGAGUCGUGGAUAUGAACGCGGGCGAGGCUAAGCAUUGGGACCUUAGUCGCCGGGAUUACGGGUUUAUUGGGGAUGCGGUCGAGCUUGCGCGUGACCUCGAGGUCGCGGCUGAGCGGUUGGCCGAGACGCCACGUAACACCGAGGAUAGGGAGAAACACGAGGCCAUGAGGCGGGACGCGGCGCGGGUUGUGCGUAUUUGGGGGAAGAAGGUGGAGGAACGGGGAGAUAAAAAGCCCAGGCCGAGGUUCUUGCGUUCAGUCGAGUAG